AGGACAAGAAUGUUAGACUACGAAUGGGCGAACUCGUCUCCAAUGUUACUCUCUGGCGACGAUUCCACACAAGGUUCCGACCAAACUCGUCAGAUUUUCAACCAUUACAACCAAACCAUCGCCGAAAACUUCCUCUCUCCUCCCUCUUCCUUCUCUUUCCACCACCACCAACAGCAGCAGAACCAAAACCAUCUCCAUUCCCUUUACGAUUCGCAAGCUUUCUCCCUCUCUUACUCCCAUACUCUGUCACCGGAAACUGUCCCCGGCAGCAACAGUAGCAGCAAUGGCUAUGUAGUUUUACCAAAAAACGAGUCUGGUUCAGGGCGUUUAGAUUUCCCGGCGAAAAUCGGAUUGAAUUUGGGAGGUCGAACCUACUUCUCGUCGUCCGAGGAAGAUAUCGUGAACCGGUUUUACCGCCGGUCCACACCAAUCGAAUCUGGACCGUCUAAUGCCUCUUCCCCAAAAUGCCAAGCUGAAGGCUGCAACGCCGACUUGACACAUGCCAAGCAUUAUCACCGGCGGCAUAAAGUCUGCGAGUUUCACUCCAAGGCCUCCACUGUGUUAGCCGGUGGCAUGACUCAGCGAUUCUGCCAGCAGUGCAGCAGGUUUCAUCUUCUGUCGGAGUUCGAUCAAGGGAAGCGAAGUUGUAGGAAAAGGUUGGCAGAUCACAAUCGUCGAAGGAGGAAAUCACAGAACCAACCACCAGAAACUCAACGCCAGAAACAAUCACUUCAAGAGACCACUCAGAGUUCUCCCUCUGAAACUCCUGCAAGAUCAUCUCCAGGAUCUGUAGUGCAAUCUUUAUCGGUGGUGACAACUGCAGUCUCGCCUCCGAGAAUGUCGCUGAGUUCGUACCGGUACAGUCACCAAGGUUCGGAAUCAUGUGGAUCUCUGUUCUCGCAGUUGGGGAAUUUUCGUCCGUACGGGCGCAGUCAGAGCUCGAGCUGGGAUGAAGAGGAAGAAGAUCAGCGUGAACGGAAGAGAGGACCGGAAUUUAUGAAGUGAGAGCAGAGAAAGAGAGAGAGAGCGAGAAAG